UAACUUAAUCAUUAUCGAAUUUAUAAUCAAACUUAAAACUAAAAUGAUCUUAAAUUUAUACAGAAACAAUAAUUACUAUCAUUUAACAAAAUAGUUUAGCAACCCUUUCCUUAAAAUUGGGAUCACGUGGUACGAAACUUAUAGAAAUUAUCACUAUUCGGUAUACACUAUUUGAAUUGGAGUAUUGCUAUUGGAAGCUUAAGAUAUAUAGCUCCUAAGCUUCCAAUAGCAAUACUUGAGCUGCCGGUUAUUAUAGAGCUAGGGCCUAGCCCCUAGGAGCCUUUUAUCGGUUGACCAGUAGGCAGUAAUCUACGCUGUGUAUGCGGCGGCGCGGCUCGACGGUAUAGUUCCUUAAAUACGCUUUUAUUUCCUCAUAAAAUCACUCGUAUAGUGAUAACUUAGAGAACCAAUUGAAUAUAAGCUAAAUAAGGCGUUUCCUCGGCACAUUAAUGAUUAAACUAGUGACCAGUCUACUUAUUGGCGACAUCGAGACAGGAAGUGUAGUGUAAUAAUUUCUGUUAAUAAAAUUCACGUUAAAUUCAAGAUUGCAAUGGAAGAUUUAAGUUUCAUCCCUAACUUACUAAAUGGGCCUUUGGAUGUUUAUAGAAAUACAUCAUCAUUUGACUGGAAACGAUUAAAGUUAGCUCUUGAAGGAGAUAUUCAGUUAUUAAGACUUAAGUACAAAAUAUGGCAUACAUUAGAAAACGACCCUCUAUUUGCACACAACAUAAUCACACCACCUGUUGAAGAACAGAAGAGAAUAACACAAAUGCAACUGCAGAAGAUCAAUCAGUACAAAUUCUUUACUGAUGAAAUAUUUAAUGCUGGCUACAAGAAAAGGACACGCACAUUAAUGACAAUAAAUGAGGCUGUACAGUCACUAGCACCCAGUGUUUCAGUAAAGAUGGCAAUUGGUAUUUAUUUGUUCUCUAAUGCAAUUUUAUCCCUCGGUACUGAACGACACAGACAGUUUUAUGAAGCCACUAUAAAGGACAGAAAGUAUGUCGCAAGUUUUGCACUUACGGAGAUUGCGCAUGGCUCUGACGCUAAACUCAUGCGCACCACAUCAACUUACGACCCUAAAACCAAGGAGUUCGUCAUACACACACCAGACUUCGAAGCUGCUAAAUGCUGGGUUGGUAAUCUAGGUAGAACGUGCACGCACACGCUGCUUUUCGCACAGUUGAUAACUCCUGAUGGCAAAAAUCAUGGUCUUCAUGGAUUCCUGGUACCGAUAAGGGAUCCUCAUACUUUGGAGGUGUACCCUGGACUCAUUGUUGGAGACAUGGGAGAGAAAAUCGGUGUUAAUGGAAUUGAUAAUGGAUUCGUAAUGUUCAACAAGUAUCGAAUACCUCGCGUAAAUCUUCUAAAUCGGAUUGCUGAUGUCACAGAAGAAGGUGUCUAUGAAAGUUCCUUCUCUGAACCCUCACGGAUACUUGGAGCUGCGCUGGAGAAUCUUUCAGCUGGUCGUAUCGGAAUAAUGCAGGAGAGCUGUCACUCUAUAGCUAGCUUAGUGGCGAUCGCAAUACGAUACGCCGCGACGCGUAAACAGUUUGGCGAACGACAAAACGAGACAGCCCUAAUUGAAUAUGAAUUACAUCAAUGGCGUCUUUUCGGGUAUGUCGCGGCCGCUGUUGUGUUCCGGUUCUACCUGCAGAACUUUGCCAAUGUCUAUCUUCAGAUAGUCGAGAAAUCUAACAGUGGUGACGGUGUCGAUAACUUGACUGAAGCAGUAUCAGAAAUCCAUGCUAUGGUGUCCUGCAGUAAGCCCUUGCUGACCUGGACGGUGCUAGAAGCCGCUCAGCAGUGCCGGGAAGCCUGUGGUGGACACGGUUACUUGAAGGUUGCCAACAUAGGUGACAUUCGCAGUAACCACGAGCCAACAGUCACAUAUGAAGGUGACAACAACGUCCUCUCCCAGCAAACAGGGAACUGGCUUCUUAAGCAAUAUGAAGCCGUACUCAAUGGACACGAUGUGGACUCGCCCUUAGGCACAGUCACUUUCCUGAAAGACAUCAAGACAAUACUCAAUAGCACCUUUACCUGCAAGAGCACAGAGGAAUUGAAGAAUCCUAAAUUCAUAUUGGCUACAUACAAAUGGCUUCUAUGUUGGCUUAUAAAAUACACGCACGAGAAGAACGAAGCAGAGUUAGCAAAAGGUCUAACAAAGAUGCAGGCCAGGAGUCAAAGUCAAGUAUACCGAUGGAGAACCCUCACGAAGGUCUACGCUGAGUACCUUGCCCUGAUCUUCUGCCUCGAGAGCAUAGAGAAGACCGAAGCACAAUUACUUCCAGUUUUGAAAAAACUAUUUUGUCUUUAUGGCUUAUGGUCGUUAGAUAAACAUUUGGUGGAAAUGUACCAGGGAGGGUUCUCAAAAGGAGAAGAAUUAGCGCGCCUUUUACGAGCGGCGAUCUUGGAAAUGUGCGCGGAUUUGAAGACCGAAGUUGUCAGCGUUGUGGAUGCGCUUGCGCCGACCGAUUUUGUGCUCAAUUCGGUUUUGGGAAAGAGCGAUGGAAACUUAUACCAACACUUGCAAAAAGCGUUCUUCAGCCACCCCGGCGCCUUCGAACGAGCUACAUGGUGGAGAGACGUCGUCAAAUCCAAGUUAUAAACCAUGGUUACAUGUGCUGGUUGAACAUUGGAAUAUUCCCAGUUAUAGAUCUAUCGUAGUUCAAUGUUGCUUGUGGAAGUCUUGAUCAUAUUCUUGAAAAUGUUUCAUACAAAUUAGAUGUAAUUUUAUAUAUUAUGUCAACUGUCAAACUCAUAAAUCAAAUUAAACGUAACUAUGACUUGCUGAGUAAAAAGUACUUAAAAGUUAUGCAAAUGAUGCAAUCAAUUUUUUUUAUUAACUUAACAAACGCGAAUUUAUUUCGCUUCAAUCAAAAUCAUUUAAAGUAUUUUAGUAAUUUUGUAUUAAAGUGAAAUAGUCAAUUGAAACAUCAAACUAAAAAAGAUGUUUUAAUAAAUGUAAUUAUGACAAGAUUUCUCAAGUAUUUAUGUAAACCAAAUCUUAGCUGCAUUUAUGACAUUACUUUGUGUGUGUCAUGUAAGCGUCACUGUUUUAGUGUUAUUUUAAGUGUUUUAUAUUGUCUGUUACAAGUCAAUGACUUCUGUACUUGUUUGUUAUUAAUAUCCCCAAGAGGUUUUUCACUAGUAUCUGAUGUAAUUAAUACAAAAAAAAAUUCAGGAACUCCACUUGAUCUUUAAAAAAAUGUCUGUCACAAAUUAUUGGAGUACAUCAUUUCAUUGUAACCAAAAUUCUUUACUUAAUGAAGAAUUUUUCUAUAUUUAUAAAAACUAUGAUUACUAAAUUUGGACUAAAGAUAAUGUGGUUGCCAUAGUUACCAUUUUGUACAUAGUAACCAUGGUAACAAACUCGGUGUCUAGGCUAUUUUUAUAAUAGGACCGUCAGACAGUCUUAUUUCACUUCAACUAUUGUAAUUUGUCUCUUUAUUUUAAAUUGUGCUAAGGCUAUGAUAGAAGGAGACAGUAGACAAAUUGUCAUAGUUAAAAUAGUGCAAUAAAACUGGUAUAGUUUUUAUAUAAUAAUUUUAAAUGAACACUGUUAUUUUAUCAUUUUUAAUAGUACAAAUCUAUACUGCGAUUCUGACAUUAGUUUUUGUAUCGAGAAAUGUGUUGUCUUGCCCUUAUAACAGAUACAAAUGCUUUUUUUAUAUAUUACAAAACUGUUUAAUUAAUAUGCUGGGCAUUUAACCUGUGUUUGUUUGAAGGCGUGUUUCAUUGUUAAUUUUCAAUGUCUCCUAAAUAUGUUAAAUCUUUUAAAUUUGAACAAAACGAGAGUAUCUAAGUCAAAAUGCGCUCCAUAGAUUUAAACCAAAAAAAUAUACUCUUUACAUAGUAAUUGUUAUAUUUUUGUAUUAUAAUCGUAGAAAAUAUGACAACAGUGAUUCAAUACACCUCACUAGGUUAGAACAUUAAUUUCCUAUUUAUAAUUUAGGAAUAUUUAAAUAGUUGCAAUGUUUCCUUCUUUUUUCCCGAAACUACUGGAAUGUUCUCGAAUAAUACGAAAUAAUUGGUUGUGAUUGUUUAUGGAUUGGCGCAACAUGUAAGAGCGAUAUAUAUACAUUUAUUUUUAAUAUUAUAGACCAUAUUUUAAUCCAGAAUAUUUACAGUACGAAAUUUAUGUUGUCUAUAUAUUCUUAAUGUGUUUCAGCAUCAAUGUGUUAAAAUAUUUUAUAUGAUUUUUAAACUUACAAAUUUUUAAAGAUCUUCAACGUUCUUAUCUUAAUCUAUUUCAAAAUUCCAAUUAAUCCACGUGUUGUUUUAAGAAAUUGAAGUAAGUUCAAAUGUCAAUUGUCAUCUGUCAAACGUAUACACACACAUUUAAAAAAAGUUGGCGCGAUGCGUGCUCAAAAUUGUGUAGUUUAAGAGUCAUUGUAUAAAAACCUCAUUCCUUCUAUAAGUGUGUAAUUUUGCUCUUGCAAAUGACGCCAAUUGUUGCCGUGGUGAAAUGUUCAAGUCGUUGUUGCACCAAUAUUCAUAAAUAAUCGAAAAUAAUACUUUGUUUAUAUUAAUAUCGGAAUGUUUGCAUUUGUUACAGCAUUUUUGUACUUUUGCAUUUUAUUAUUUAUAUGCAAGCUAAGCUUCAAUAGAAUUAUAUUUUUUAAUUAUUUUUGUAUAACAAUUAACGCCAAGUAUUUUAUUUAAAUUGCAUUAUUAUUACUUGUUCAUACGAUAUUGUACGUUAUACGGAAUAUAAAAAUUGCUUUCAACACAAUUCCUAAUAAGACGUUAACUUGGUUUUAAAUAUAUUUGAAAUAUAGUACAGGGUAUGAACAUAUACAGUAUUUUAAUGAAAUUAUAGAUAGAUAAAUGUAUCUUUUUUAAUAUUCCAAAUUUCUAUAUAUUCUCAAUGUGAUUCAGCAUCUCUGUGGUAAAAUAUUUUAUUUUUAUAUGAUUUAUAAUUAGUGAAAUUAUAAUAUUUUUAGU